CUUCUUUUCUUCUUUCUUUUCAAAAAACCAAACACAAAAAAAAUACAAUAUGAGAGAAAUCAUUUCUGUUCACGUUGGUCAAGCUGGUGUCCAAAUUGGUAACGCUUGUUGGGAAUUGUACUGUGCUGAACAUGGUAUUCAACCUGAUGGUCGUUUACCUGAAGGUAGUGCCAUUGCUGAUCACUCUUUUGAAACUUUCUUUUCUGAAACUGGUAAUGGUAAAUAUGUUCCUCGUACUGUUAUGGUAGAUUUGGAACCUUCUGUGGUCGAUGAAGUUCGUACCGGUGCUUAUCGUCAAUUAUUCCAUCCUGAACAAUUGAUUUCUGGUAAAGAAGAUGCUGCUAAUAAUUAUGCUCGUGGUCACUAUACUGUUGGAAAAGAAAUGGUGGAUUCUGUUUUGGAUCGUAUCCGAAAAUUGGCUGAUAAUUGUACUGGUCUUCAAGGUUUUCUUGUUUUCCACUCUUUUGGUGGUGGUACUGGUUCUGGUUUUGGUUCUCUCUUGAUGGAACGUUUAUCUAUGGAUUAUGGCAAAAAAUCAAAACUUGAAUUCUCUGUUUAUCCUGCUCCUCAAGUAUCUACCUCUGUUGUUGAACCUUAUAACUCUAUCUUGACUACUCAUACUACUUUAGAACAUUCUGAUGUCUCUUUCAUGGUCGACAAUGAAGCUAUUUAUGAUAUUUGUCGUCGAAACUUGGAUAUCGAACGUCCUACUUAUUCUAACUUAAAUAGAUUAAUUGCUCAAGUUGUCUCAUCUAUCACUGCUUCUCUUCGUUUCAAUGGUUCCUUGAAUGCUGAUUUGAACGAAUUCCAAACUAAUUUGGUACCUUAUCCUCGUAUUCAUUUCCCUUUGGUUACUUAUGCUCCUAUUAUCUCUGCUGCCAAGGCUUAUCAUGAACAAAUGUCAGUGGCUGAAAUUACAAGUGCUUGUUUUGAACCCAACAAUCAAAUGGUCAAAUGUGAUCCUCGUCAAGGUAAAUACAUGGCUUGUUGUUUGUUAUAUCGUGGUGAUGUUGUUCCCAAUGAUACCAAUGCUGCUAUUUCUGCCAUCAAGACAAAGCGUACUAUUCAAUUCGUCGACUGGUGUCCUACUGGUUUCAAGGUUGCUAUUAAUGAUCAAGCUCCUACUGUGGUUCCUGGUGGUGACGUUGCUCAAGUUCAAAGAGCUGUAAGUUUCUCAAAAACCUUGUGUAAAUGCAUGUUGUCUAACACAACCUCUAUUGCUGAAGCUUGGAGUCGAUUAGAUCACAAAUUUGAUUUGAUGUAUGCCAAGCGUGCCUUUGUCCAUUGGUACGUUGGUGAAGGUAUGGAAGAAGGUGAAUUUUCUGAAGCUCGUGAAGAUUUGGCCGCUCUUGAAAAGGAUUAUGAAGAGGUGGCUGCUGAUUCCCUUGGUGAUUCUGAAAUGGAAAACGACGAUGAAUAUUAGAUUUUAUAGCAGACUCUUAGUUUCUAUAUAGUUACCUUUAUUACCUUCAUCAUACAUUUUUUUUUUAAUGUUUAUCAUGUUAUUUGUACCGUCAUUUUUUUUUAUUAAUAUUUUCAAUACACAAUAAAGAAAAAGAAAAAAAAAUUCUCAUCUAUAUCAUCCUUUA